AUGAAAGAUUCUACUACUACUAAUACUGUACCACCAUCAUCAUCGUCAUCGACAGCGACAACAGCAGCAGCUGCAGCAGCAACAACAACAGCAACAACGACGGCGAUAGUUUCACCAUCGAGUCCAAAUGCUACUAAAGAGAAACCAACAACAAAUACUGUUUUUCGUGAUACACGUGCUGAACUUGCACAAUUAUUGAAGAAAAAAGAAGAAAUUGAAAAAUCAUUAUCAGAUAUUGAAGAACAAAUUUAUGCGUUUGAAACGAGUUAUCUUAAACAAACACAAGAUACAGGAAAUUGUAUUCGAGGAUGGAGCAAUUGUUUAACUAGUGGAAGUGGAAAUAAUAAGUGA